AUGUCCACCCGUGAACACUCCUCCCACCGACAUCCGCGCUCUCACCGAAGAAGCGAUUCUCGCACUCGCUCCCGCUCCCCAGACAAACACAGACGCCAUCACCACCACCGCGAUCGCGAUCACGAUCGAAGCCAUCGUCACCACCACAGAAGCCGUGACCAUGACCGUCGCGAACGCCGCCCAGAACCAUCGACGAAGCCAAUUGUCCUCCCGUUCCAAGCACGAGAGCUCUCCAAGCGCGACCUCUCUACCUACGAACCCAUGUUCGCCAUGUACCUAGAUAUCCAGAAGGGAAUCCUCCUAGAAGAUCUCAGCGAAGAUGAAGUCAAGGGAAGAUGGAAGAGUUUCAUCAACAAAUGGAACCGUGGAGAACUCGCGGAAGGGUGGUACGAUCCGAGCACCCUUGAGAAAGCACGCCGUAGUGCCCAGGACGAGCCCAUUGUGUCUGCUUCCGGACGGAACCGCCGGUCCCCGGAUUACGGUCGGGGUGAGGAUGAUAGGGCAGAGCGGGAGGAGGAGGAUAACCUCGAUGAGGACGAGGAUGAUUAUGGGCCUGUUCUUCCGAAAUAUGACCAGUUGAAUCGAUAUGAGGGUGGUCGUGCGGGACAGUCGUCUGGCCCGACUAUUCCUACGAUGCAGGAUCUGGAGUUGCGGAAAGAAUCGGCGAUUGAGGAUGCUAUUGCCGCGCGGGAAGACUCACGGAAACAGCACCGUUCUGAGGUGCGCUCGCAUCGGUCCGAGUUACGACAUAUGGAAGAUGAGGUUGCGCCGCGGGCUGAACCGGGGACUCAUGAGCGGAAGAUGGAGAAACGCCGAGAGGCUGCUGCUGCGAAUCGAGCUUUUGCUGAGUCCCGGCGGGGUGCUUCUCCUGAUGGAGCACCCGAAGACGAACUGAUGGGUUCCGCGGACAAUGAUCUAGAUGCUAUCAAGAGGGCCAGGGCGACAGAGCAGCGGAAGAAGAACGAGCGGGAAAUCCGUAGGGAAGAAAUCCUUCGCGCACGCGCUGCGGAGCGGGAAGAAAGAUUGCAGCAAUAUCGCCAGAAGGAGGAUGAAACGAUUGGGUGGCUUAAGGCGCUGGCAAAGCAGCGGUUUGGGUGA